UUUAAGAAAUUUCAUUCAUUCCUCCAUUCCAUUCCGUACAUCAUAUGUUAGAUAUCACACCUUCCAUUUGAGAUGGAAUGCUUCAUUCUCUCCCAACCUCAAUUUAUUCUCAAAUCUCAUCAUAACAAUUUUGCACUCCUUCAAAUUUUUUCAAAAUUUUCUUACUAUCUCUAUUAGUUUUAAGUAUUAUUUACUCAUUUCAUUCCAUUCCAUUUCAUUCCAUUCCAUUCUCCCCAACCAAACACAACAUAAAUGUGAGACUUGAAGAAUGUCAACUGCAAUCGGGUGUUUGGGAUUUACCUGCCUUAACAACUCUACACCUCAGAUAUAGGUAUAGGUCGAAUUCAUGGCUGAAGGAUUCAUUGUUAACAUGCUUGCCUGCCCUAACAACUCUGCAUCUUGAUGGUGGGAACUUAUCGUGUUCAUCUUCUUUCAGUUUGCCAGGUUUAACAACCCUCUGUUUGUCUGACUGUAUUUUGCCCAAAGUUUGGGACUUACCGAACUUAUUAAGUCUACAACUGGAAGGUGACUCUGUUGACAGUAAUAUGAGUGACAACCUUGCUGCACUUGUCAAUUUGAAAAAUCUCACAUUAUCUCUAACAUCGAAACACCGAGAGACUUUCAUAUCUUGUCCUCCUCAAUUGUUGAAUCUGAGUAUCAAAGCCAGCUUCUGGAGCUACAAUUGUAUUUCUGGUAAUGUUGUGGUGUCAGCACCAAAACUCUGCAACUUCAUAGCUUUUGGUAUCUUUCCGGUCACAGCUGGAGUUCCUGAGUUGGAGAAUGUUAAUAUUAGUUUACAGGGUUGGUUUGAAAACAUGCUAUUGACAAGUAGGGAACAAUUUUAUCGGCGGUUAACAAUUAUGCUUUUAGGACUUGGUAAUGCCAAGAAUCUCACUUUUGACUUGGAGAGCAUUGAGGCACUCAAUAAGAUUUCCAAAGUUCUUGUGAGUUUACCUUCUCCAUUCGGUAAGUUGAAGUAUGUGAAGUUACCAAGGGGAUUCGAAGAAUCAAGUAUGUCCAGUGCUCUUAGAAACUAUUUACUUGGCGGCUCUCCUAAUGCCACCUUCGUCACAGAACUGCCCCAGAUUAAUGGUGUGGAAGAUUCCGUGGUAGACGCUAACAGGGUUAGUCAUACUGACCCUUCCAUAGAAGGGACAGACAAAGAUCAGGCGUGCUCUUCAAGAGGGGAAAGAGAUUCUGGAUUAUGGCGGAGCCACGAGGUUAAUUCUGAGUUUGUAGGCCUGCUUGAUCGCAUUAUGCAUAAGUACCCGAAAACCUUUGAGCACUUCACCACAAAAAACAAGAAGUUAUGUACAAUGAAUCUGAACAUGUUGUGCAACUCACUGAACGAUUUUUUCAAAAUACCUGUGGCUAAUGUUGAUACUGAGAUGAUAGGGGAGUACAGGGAAGUAUUUUCUUACUUACAGUUUCAGGGAAUUAACUUAAGUUGGGUGUUGGACCGCCUGAACUAUUUAGAACAUCUCCGAUUUUCCAAGCCCCUAAUUAGCGAGCUUCACUCAAUUGAUUGUCGUAUUGACAAUGCUAAAACUAAACUACACGAGCUGCAGGCUCUUCGCGUGGAUAAGUUGUCAGAAAUCGAUAAAGCUUUUGGAACUAGGGGUACUAACCUCGCUGCUGGUUUCAUGGGAGAUGAUCUACUGGCAAGUCCGUAACAUUGGUGGUUUGACUGAACGCACGAGUGUUGUUUGGAUGCCUUGUUAUACUGUCCAUUGUCUAUCCCGGAACUGUUUAGUACUUAAUAAGUAUUUUGCUUACUGACAUUUUAUCAAACUGUGUAUUCGUUGAAGCACAAUGCAGAACAAGUAAUCUUUGGAAGCUAAUGCAUAAUUCUGGUAUUGGUA